ACGCACGUGAGAUAAUCGCUAAUCGAGCGUAUAAUUAUUCGUUUCUACGAAUAACGAUCGUCUCUCGAUACGAACGCGACGCUAAUUUAUUACAUCGCGAAUAACGCUCGAGCAAUAUCGUUAACAGUUAAUUAAACGCUUUAGUCGGUCAAAGUAUCGUCGAUACAUAUGACAGUUCAAAUUUCUUAGAAUUUAUCGGCGAGUUGAGAUUCUUGAAAAGUUGUAAAGAUGCGUCGGAAGCGAAUGACUGUUAAAAGUUGUGUCUUCUAUCAUUUAUUCAUAAAUCAUGUACAUAUUCGCUUAAUUGGUGUUUACGAUCGACUUUAAAACCUUUCUCUGUUCGUGUUACGAUAUCAUCAGUUUUAUCAUAAAUGGGCACUGUUGACGGAUCCGGACGACGUGGCUGGUGGCCCCAAAGGUUACUUGAAGUGCGACAUAAGCGUGAUCGGGAAAGGCGACACCGUGAAAAUUCCUCCAAAAAGUGAGAAGGACGAGGACGAUAUCGAGGGUAAUCUCUUGCUACCGGACGGUGUGCCUAUCGAGAGACAAAGGGCCAAGUUUAUCGUGAAGGUGUACAGAGCGGAUGGGCUACCGAAGAUGAACAGCAGCAUUAUGGCGAACGUGAAGAAGGCCUUUACCGGUGAAAUCAAGGAUCUGGUCGAUCCGUACGUUCAAGUGUCCUUCGCCGGACUAACCGGUAAGACGAGCGUUAAAAGGCACAGUUACGCGCCAGUUUGGAACGAGCAGAUCGUCUUCACGGAAAUGUUUCCACCUCUCUGUCAAAGGAUCAAGAUUCAGCUAUGCGACAACGACCCGGUUCACGCGACCGUCAUCGGCACGCAUUUCGUCGAUUUGAAGAAAAUCAGCAACGACGGUGAAAAGGGAUUUCUACCAACUUUUGGACCAGCCUUUAUCCAUUUUUACGGAAGCAUCAGGGAUUACAGUAUCAUAGAUAAGCAUUCCACGUUGAACGCUGGAUUAGGGGAAGGAAUCUCUUACAGAGCAAGAUUAUUAAUAGGCAUUAGGACAGAGAUAAGCGAUAACGUAGAAAUGGCUCCGUCGGAGGUGGAAGUCGAACCCACCAUACCCAUCAACGAAUCCGUUUAUGCCAGGAACGAAGAAUUUUUUCUUUUCGCCACCAUAAUGGACGCCACGAUGGUCGACAAGAAACUCGGCGACAAACCAAUGUAUUUCGAAUUAUCGAUAGGGAAUGCGGGAAACGCUUUAGACGGUCACAACGAAAGCUCCAAGAUAUGCGAAAUGGGACCAAAAAGUGGAACGAGUAGCGAUCAAGAGGAGCUGCAGGAGGUGUUGAGCGGAUCUUGGCAGAGUACCACUCCAGCCUGUAAACCGAUGACGCACGAUAAAAUGUAUUAUUUUUUGCCCUACUGGGAUGACAAACCUUGCCUUCACGUUAGGAGCAUCUGGCCCGACUAUAGGCGUAGAAUGUACAAUAGCAAUAUAAUCAGCAAAAUUUCCGAUAAACUGGAGGAGGGAUUGUCGGAGGCUCAGUCGCACGCCGACGACUGUACAGGCGAGAAAAUUUUAAAGUCUACGUUAGACGAAUUAAGCAGCAACUGUAAUCGAUAUGUGAGCAUCAGUAAAUCGAGUAUCACCGGGCCGGGAGUUGGAAAGACGAAACUCGAUAAAGAGAGGACGAAACUUUGUCAAAGAGAAUUAGAAAGUAUGGGAAUUAUGUCGCGCAAUCUUAAAGCCGUGAUCACUAAGAGUAGCUUCAAGGAAAGACUGAAGACUGCACAGAGCUAUUUACAGAAAUUAAAAUUUCUCGUCGAAGACCCUCAAGAUUCUCUACCGGACGUUUUUAUUUGGGUAAUUAGUUCCGGACGUCGAGUCGCGUAUCAUAGAAUACUCGGAAGAGAUUUAAUAUAUUCGAUCGUCGAUGAAGAAUGUGGCAGAUACUGCGGCAAAGUUCAAACCAUGUUUCUCAAACUUCCAGGGAAAAAACGAUUCGGACCCUCGGGUUGGGCGAUACAAACGAAAUUACAAAUCUACAUGUGGCUGGGUAUCUUGAAGCACAAGAAAUACUUUAUCCAAGGUCUGCCAAAGGGUUACGAACUCAGUCACGAGUUGAGAAACGUGGACAGGCCGCGUGCUUUACCACCCACUGUUAUUCAUUACGUUGAAAAACACAAGUUCCAGUUAAGAGCGCACAUGUAUCAAGCCCGGUCUCUGAUCGGCAGCGAUGCGUCAGGUCUUUCCGAUCCCUUCGCCAGAGUUAUUUGCGGCGAAUUUUCUAACUCUACUCAAGUGAUCGACGAAACUUUGAGUCCUACGUGGGACGAACUACUUCUUUUCGACGACAUCUUGAUUUACGGAACCGACGAAGAAAUUAAGAAGGAUCCACCGUCGAUCGUCGUCGAACUCUUCGAUCAAGACAAAGUGGGGAAAUCGGAGUACAUAGGUCGAGCGGUCGCGCGACCUCACGUGAAACUCGCCUCGGAACCUUACACGCCACCCAAAUUCCCACCUUCGUUAGAAUGGUACGAUGUAACGAGAGGCGCUGCAAGAGCGGGCGAACUUCUUGCCGUUUUCGAGCUACUCGAAUAUUCGCAGACGAAAGAUUACAGCUUUCCCACUUUACCAGACCCGAAGGAAAUACCGAGCCAAACUGCCGUCGCAACUCAGGAUCGGGGACCGAUUCUUCCGGUUCCCGUUGGAAUUCGACCGACUCUCUCCAAGUACCGAAUCGAGGUGCUGUUUUGGGGUCUGAGGGAUUUGAAGAGGAUCCAUCUAAUGACUGUGGACAAGCCUCGAGUAGACGUGGAAUGUGCCGGUCAUAUUCUUUACUCUUCGGUUAUAACAAACGCGAAGAAAAAUCCAAAUUUCAACACACCGGUGAAAUUUUUGGAGUUGGAAUUGCCCGAACAGGAGCUCUAUCGGCCACCUUUGACCAUCAGGGCUGUAGAUUGCAGAAGUUUCGGUCGUUACACUCUCGUUGGAACGCACACGAUAAAUUCGAUCCAUAAGUAUAUGUACCAUCCACAAACGAAGAAGGCGAAGGACGUGGAAGAAAGAAAGAAGAAUCUGUAUCAAUUACAGCAAUACACAGGUUUCGAUACAUCGAAGAUUAAAUUGCAAUACCCGUCUUUGCCAGAGUCUUUGACCGAUCUCGAGUUCGGUAUCGGAGAUGCGACAAUUACUCUAGGUUUGGAACAAGGUUGGCCAACGAAGAAGGACAAAACGGAACAGAAUAUAAAAAAAAAGCAAAGUCUGGUCAACGAUGGAAGCUUGGGUGAUUUCUACACGUUCGAGGACGAGGAUGGUUGUCAAGAUUGGUGGACCAAGUACUUCGCUUCCGUUGAAGCCAUGAUAGAAGAAAACAAGGAACUACGUAGAGAGAAACCAAUGUUUCAAGCACAAGCAAACGGUACCGUCCCGACGUACAUGGAGGAAAAUUACAAUCAAAAUCAAGCGAAUCCGUCGGGCGAGAAGAGUCCUGGCGUUGCAGCGAAAAGAUUGUUUGGCCUAAAGUCGACGGCGAACGCAGCCAGGUUUGUUUCGAAACUGAGCCCUAAGCACACCUAUCGGAAUUUCCCGAAAACGGCGCUGUUGAAAAUUUAUCCGAACGAAUUGGAAGCUCAGCCAGAAUUCGAACAGUUCAAGGAAUGGCUGCACACGUUCGAACUUUACAGAGGAAAGAAAACGGGCGACGAGCCCGAAGACGAAUCCAGAAUAGUGGGAAGCUUUAAAGGGGCCUUAAAAGUUUACAAGUGGCCUCUCCCUAGGGAUUUGAUAGAUCAUACGGUGAUGGGAUUCGACCCGCAAUACGGCUUUUUUCAAGGUGUACCUUCCAACGAACCGAUUCACGUAUUGGUGCGAGUUUAUAUCGUCAAGGCGAACGAUCUUCAUCCUUGCGACCUAAACGGAAAAGCAGAUCCUUACGUCGUUUUGCAACUAGGCGGUAAAAGAAUCAGUGACAAAGAGAAUUACGUGUCGAAACAACUGAAUCCCGUAUUCGGCAAGUGUUUCGAAAUAGAAGCAACCUUCCCGCAAGAUUCGUUGCUGACCGUUCAAGUGUUGGAUUGGGACUUGGUCGGCACAGACGAUAUGAUCGGCGAGACAAAGAUCGACCUGGAAAAUCGAUUUUACAGCCGGCAUCGUGCCACUUGCGGUCUAGCCAAAAAAUACGACGAAUCUAGUUACAAUAAAUGGAGGGACCCGAUGAAACCGACGCAGAUCUUGUCGAAGCUUUGCAAAGAGGGAAAGAUCGAUGGACCGGUAUAUUCCCACGGAAAAGUAACGAUCGGAAGAAAAACGUUCUCUUUGUCGGACGAGGAAAUGGAAUGUUACGUUCAUACAAAAGGCAUAGAAGAACAUCUUGCACUGGCAGUUCUUCACCAAUGGCAUGCUUUUCCAAGAAUCGGUUGUGCUUUGGUCCCCGAGCAUGUGGAAACACGUCCACUUUACAAUCCUGAAAAACCCGGGAUCGAGCAAGGAAAGUUGGAAAUGUGGGUUGACAUGUUCCCUAUGGACAUGCCUUCGCCAGGACCGUCGAUCGAUAUUUCACCGAGAAAACCCAAAAGCUACGAGCUUCGGAUCAUUAUAUGGAACACCGACGACGUUAUACUGGAAGACGAUGCGUUCUUUACUGGCGAAAAAAUGAGCGAUAUUUACGUGAAAGGAUGGCUAAAAGGCCCCGAAGAUUGCCAAUCUACGGACAUUCAUUAUAGAUCGUUAACAGGAGAGGGGAAUUUCAAUUGGCGUUUUAUAUUUCCAUUCGAUUAUCUCGUAGCAGAAGAGAAGAUCGUUAUCAAUCGGAAAGAAAGUCUGUUUAGCUGGGACGAAACUGAAUGCAAGAUUCCUGCUCGUUUGGAAUUACAGGUCUGGGAUGCAGAUCAUUUUUCAGCUGACGACUUUCUGGGUGCUAUUACUCUCGAUUUAAAUCGAUUUCCACGCGGCGCAAAGAACAGCAAGCUUUGUACGUUAAGUAUGCUAAAGACCGAUGGAUCUGUGCCAACCGUAAAUAUUUUCAAACAGAAACGAAUAAAAGGUUGGUGGCCUUUCUACGUCAAAAAGGAAAACGAGGAUAUGGAAUUAACGGGUAAAGUAGAAGCUGAAAUUCAUUUGUUGACCAAAGAAGAGGCUGAGAAAAAUCCUGCAGGAUUUGGAAGGAACGAGCCUGAUCCGCUUGACAAACCCAAUAGGCCAGAUGCAUCUUUCAUGUGGUUUUUGAACCCUUUGAAAUCUGUUAAAUAUAUAGUAUGGCACAACUACAAAUGGGCAAUUCUGAAAGCUAUAGUAGCAAUUGCCUUAAUAAUAGUCGUAUUAUUGUUCUUUUACUCGAUACCUGGUUAUUCCGUUAAAAAGUUAUUGGGAGCUUAGAAAUGUCGCUUGCUGAUUUUGUUGCUUCGUACGCUCAUGAUAUCUGAAAUAUGGAAAAUGAUAUUUUGAUAAGAAAGUAACAGAGGACUAACUUUGCGGAUAAACUAUUGUUUAAUACUUUAUAGAUGUAACUUUAAAUUUCUCAAAGUUAGUUUCGUUGUAUCGAUAUAUUAUGUAAAGCCUACUUUUUCAUUUCAUAUUUGCAUAUCUCGUGCUCAUUUUAUCAUAUAAAUUUGAUAGGCCUCAAUAUCUAAGCUAUCCAAAAUUCUAUGAAUUUUCAACGACUUAAAUAUUUCUUCCUUUUGCCAACAAUUUUAAAUAGCAAAAUAAAAACUGAUUAUGCUUCUAGAUGAAAGAGCUCUUUUUAAUAAAUAAUUGCUGUAUAGUGGACCAACGAAACAGUAAUAAAAGCUAAUGUAUAUAUAAAGAGCAAUACAAUAAAUAAUUAGAAAUUAUUAGAUGCAGAACAGUAAUGCGUGUAGUAUAUACUGUUUUUACUUAUCAAGUAUUUCGUUAAAAAUAUUGUAUUCUAUUUUGUUGUAAAUAGAUAAUUUAACACGUUCGUUUAACACGUCGGCGCGUACCACCAAAAAUGUAGUUCGUUUAGUAAUUAGAAAAAAUUUUCAUAUAGUUGAAAAUUUAAAUAAUGGAAAUUUAACGUGUAUUAAUUGAAAAAAGUAAGAUUUAUUUAAAAACAAAAUAAUUCAAUAUUAUAAACUUAUUAUAAACAUGAAUACGAGCGCCACCCCACGACGAGAAACACAAAUAGCAACGCCGUCAUGAACGUGUUAAUAUAUAUAUAUAUAACAUGUAUUCAAAGGAAUGAAUAAAAUAUUAAUUAAACACUGA